AGUGCGUCUGGCCGGCGCUUUAUAGCGGCAGCCUGGGCGGCUCCGCUGGCUGUUUUUCGUCUUCUUUGGGUGGUGGCGUGGUUGUUCGCUUGCGAAGAUGCAGCUUAAACCGAUGGAGAUUAACCCCGAGAUGCUGAACAAAGUGCUGGCCCGGCUGGGGGUCGCCGGGCAGUGGCGCUUCGCGGACGUGCUGGGGCUGGAGGAGGAGUCUCUGGGCUCAGUGCCAGCGCCCGCCUGCGCGCUGCUGCUGCUGUUUCCGCUCACGGCCCAGCAUGAGAACUUCAGGAAAAAACAAAUCGAGGAACUGAAGGGGCAAGAAGUUAGCCCUAAAGUGUACUUCAUGAAGCAGACCAUCGGGAACUCAUGUGGCACCAUCGGACUUAUCCACGCUGUGGCCAACAACCGAGACAAACUGGAAUUCGAGGAUGGAUCAGUCCUGAAGCAGUUUCUUUCUGAAACAGAGAAGAUGUCUCCUGAGGACAGAGCCAAGUGCUUUGAAAAGAAUGAGGCCAUCCAGGCAGCCCAUGACGCAGUGGCACAGGAAGGCCAAUGUCGGGUAGAUGACAAAGUGAAUUUUCAUUUUAUUCUGUUUAACAAUGUGGACGGCCAUCUCUAUGAACUUGAUGGACGGAUGCCUUUUCCAGUGAACCAUGGCGCCAGUUCAGAGGACUGCCUGCUGCAGGACGCAGCCAAGGUCUGCAGAGAAUUCACUGAGCGCGAGCAGGGAGAAGUCCGCUUCUCUGCUGUGGCCCUCUGCAAGGCAGCCUAGUGCCCUACCAGAGGGAGUUGGCUCUUUUCCCUUCAACGUGAAGAUAUAUACCUCCCCACGCAGUCUAAAAUACUCCAGUAUUUGUGAAACACAGCUGUUCUCCUUCCAUUCUGCAGACAGGCUCUUCCCCGCAGCCACACCCAAGCACGAGCUGUCCAUCAAGCCAAGUUUGGUGUGAGCUUCAGAUGGUGAAGCAUUUCCCCUCAUCAUACGUCUUGUACCUGAAUAUCUAAUGCUUUAAAUGGCUACUUUGGUUUGUGUCUGUAAGUUAAGGCCUUGGAUGUGGGUUAAUUGUUUGUCCUUAAAAGAAAUAAACCUUUUCUGCUGGUAAGAUA